CAGUUUGCCUUCACGUGGGAAGGUAGACAGUUCACAUUCACACGGUUGCCUCAAGGCUAUCUGCACAGCCCCACUAUAUGUCAUAGGAUAGUGGCGGAACAUUUGGCAAGGUUCGAAGUGCCGGACCAUGUAAUGGUCUCCCACUACAUUGACGAUAUAAUGAUACAAGGUAGUGGGCAGGCCCAGAUACAAACACUGUUGGACGCAUUAGUCCAACACAUGAAGGGGUACGGAUGGGAAAUCAACCCGGCAAAGAUACAAGGGCCUUCCCAGACUGUGAAGUUCCUGGGGAUAAUUUGGAAUAAAGGGGAACGAGAAGUUACCGAGAAGGCCAGGGAUAAAAUUCAGGCCUUCGCAGUUCCUCACACGCAAAAGGACGUACAGCAAUUUAUCGGACUAUUUGGCUUUUGGAGGCAACAUAUACCACAUUUGGGACAGAUACUGAGACCAUUAUACCAAAUUACCAGGAAGAAGGCAGAGUUUGAAUGGACUAACAACCAUCAACUCGCCUUCGAGAUGGCCAAACAAGCGAUACAGCAGGCUGUAUCCCUAGGAAAAAUACAGUCAGGACCGGUCGAAUUGCAGGUUUCGGCACAGGGAGACUAUGCAAAUUGGAGUCUAUGGCAAAAACAAGGACGCGUAAGGAAGCCGUUGGGGUUUUGGUCUCGUAAACUACCCCCGGCGGGGGGGAGGUACACCCCCUUUGAGAAACAACUGUUGUCCUGCUACUGGAGCUUGGUGGAAACCGAGGCCCUGACAGCGGGACACGAAGUAAUUAUGAGAACGGCUAUACCCAUUCUCCCGUGGGUAAUGAGUGAUCCCACUACACAUAGGAUAGGGACGGCCCAAGAAAGUAGUAUCAUCAAAUGGAAAUGGUAUGUGUCAGAAAGGGUGAAGACUGGGCAGAAGGGGGUGUCAGUCUUACAUGAGCAAGUGGCGGAGGCCCCUGAGGGAGGGGAAGUGAGAUUCGAGGUGAUUGAAUACACAGAAUCACCUGUGAAACUUGGGAAAAGGUACGAUGAGCUGACGUCGGAAGAGCAAGCCACUGCUUGGUUCGUGGACGGCUCGGCUCAAUGGAAGUCAGGACGGCGUAGGUGGAAGGCCGCUGCGUAUAAUCCAAAGCAAGGGAUUACAUUGGAAGAAUUGGGAGAGGGUAAGAGCAGCCAGUGGGCCGAGCUCAAGGCGGUGCAUAUGGUAAUCAUGCAGGCCGGAAUUAUUGGGGUACACCUAUUUUCCGAUUCAUGGUCAGUAGUUAACGGGAUGACUCAGUGGAUGCCCACAUGGCAGGCCAAUCAGUGGAUGAUCCAAAGUCGGGAAGUAUGGGGUAGGCCGCUGUGGGAGGAAAUUUGGGAGAAGGCCCAGCAUUUAAGGAUAUUUAUCACACACGUGGACGCCCACACGUCCCGAAAUGACGCAGAAGCCCUCCAUAACCGAUAUGUUGACGGCAUAGUUCGAGCUAUGGUAAUACAGAGGGACACCUCGGUGGACCUAGCCAGAUGGGCACACCAAAAGGCUGGGCAUUGGGGUGUACAAGGGACUCUACAAUGGGCCCGGGAUCGGGGUAUAGACCUGCUGGUAGACGAUGUAAAAACCGCAGUGAAUCAGUGUGAGCAAUGCCAACACCAAAGACAGGGAGUGCCUCAGCAUAUGAUGGGGCACAUUCACCGAGGAGACAACAGUGGCCCCGGGCUGCGCACUGACCAUUCACACCCGGGUGAAUAUGUGUUCCGAAGGACGGUGUCAUGA